UCCACGGCGGCAGCUGCUCCCCGGGAGAAGGCCGGCGUAGCUGGGGUGCCUCCUGCCUGUGUCUGGCGUCGCGCGACCGGAGAGGCAAAAAGAAAAGACUCUAGAGUAAGUGCUCCCCUGGGCCGCGUGACUCAGAGCGAGACCGUUUUCUCCCCGCCCGGCAGGUACCUGGAGGGAGCGGCCCCGCCCCCUCCCCGGCCCAGCCUCCCUCUCCCUUUCCUUGGCGCGUUCCUAGGGCGAGGGGCGCGGGAGCCCCAGGGUGUUCCUGUGGGCGGCGGCGAGCCCCCUCCGAGGCCAUGAGGCUGGUGAGGAAGGACAUUGAGAAGGACAAUGCGGGCCAGGUGACUCUGGUCCCUGAGGAGCCCGAGGACAUGUGGCACACGUACAACCUGGUGCAGGUGGGCGACAGCCUGCGCGCCUCCACCAUCCGCAAGGUGCAGACCGAGUCCUCCACGGGCAGCGUGGGGAGCAACCGGGUCCGCACCACGCUCACCCUGUGCGUGGAGGCCAUCGACUUCGACUCCCAAGCCUGCCAGCUGCGGGUCAAGGGGACCAACAUCCAAGAGAACGAAUACGUCAAGAUGGGGGCGUACCACACCAUCGAGCUGGAACCCAACCGCCAGUUCACGCUGGCCAAGAAGCAGUGGGACAGCGUGGUUCUCGAGCGCAUCGAACAGGCCUGCGACCCAGCCUGGAGCGCCGACGUGGCCGCCGUGGUCAUGCAGGAAGGCCUCGCUCAUAUCUGCUUAGUCACUCCCAGCAUGACCCUCACCCGUGCCAAGGUGGAAGUGAACAUCCCCAGGAAAAGGAAAGGCAACUGCUCGCAGCAUGACCGGGCCUUGGAGCGCUUCUACGAGCAGGUGGUCCAGGCCAUCCAGCGCCACAUCCACUUCGACGUGGUCAAGUGCAUCCUGGUAGCCAGCCCAGGAUUCGUGCGGGAGCAGUUCUGCGAUUACAUGUUUCAGCAAGCCAUCAAGACGGACAACAAAGUGCUCCUGGAAAACCGGUCCAAAUUCCUUCAGGUACACGCCUCUUCUGGCCACAAGUACUCCUUGAAGGAGGCCCUUUGUGACCCUUCGGUGGCUAGCCGCCUCUCAGACACUAAAGCUGCUGGGGAAGUGAAAGCCUUGGAUGACUUCUAUAAAAUGUUACAGCACGAACCCGACCGAGCUUUCUACGGACUCAAGCAGGUGGAGAAGGCCAACGAAGCCAUGGCAAUUGACACGUUGCUCAUCAGCGAUGAGCUCUUCCGGCAUCAGGACGUGGCCACCCGAAGCCGGUACGUGAGGCUGGUGGAUAGUGUGAAAGAAAAUGCAGGCACGGUCAGGAUCUUCUCCAGCCUGCAUGUGUCCGGGGAGCAGCUCAGCCAGUUGACUGGAGUAGCUGCCAUUCUGCGCUUCCCUGUGCCGGAACUCUCGGACCAGGAGGACGAUUCCAGUUCUGAAGAGGAUUGAUGAGUGAAACUUAAGACACCCUUGUGUCUUGCUCUUCCUCUUCUAGAUCUUUCUCAACAUCCUUAUGACAUCUGCCAAAGGAAUCCUUUUGGAUUUGCACAGGGAUUUCUUAUGUAUCUGGGUGCCCUUAGUGUUUUAUGAUCAGUAGGACAUGUAUUCUGAGUAAACAAUAAACUAAAAAGAAAUAAU